CCAUCAAACCCUAACCACAAUAUGGAAGAAGGUGAAGGAGACUUCUUCGAUGGGUUGCCUGAAGGAUUCCUGGCAGAAGCAUUGGCUCUCACGAGCCCUCGAGAUGCGUGUCGCCUCUCAUCCACCAAUUCUGUUUUCCGAUCAGCCGCCGACUGGGAUUCGCUUUGGCAGAGUUUCCUACCACCUGAGUACCUGCCGGAAGUGGUGGUGGCCGACGGUGACGGUGGUCACCAUUCCAAAAAGAGCUUGUAUCUCCGUAUCUGUGACCAUCCCCUCAUCAUAGACCAAGGAAAUAAGAGUUUCUCGUUAGACAAAGGGAGUGGAAAAAAAUGUUACAUGUUGGCUGCAAGACACCUCUCGAUUUCCAGAGCCGACUCCCCAAAUUGUUGGAGAUGGACGUCAAUAGCAGAAUCAAGAUUUCCAGAGGUUAUUGAACUUAUCACGGUGUGUUUACUUGAAGUCAAUGGCACGAUCAAUACUUCCAUCUUAUCUCCCAAUACAACUUAUGCCGCUUACCUUGUGUUUAAGACAACACCUAAAGCUUAUGGUUUUGAGUACCAGCCUGUAGAGGUCAGUAUUGGUCGUCAUGGGGAUAAGUGUGAAACACGAAUGGCGUAUUUGGACCCUGAAGCAGGACUAAGACGUAGAUUACAACCAAGGAGGCGAAUUGGGUUGUUUAGCAGAGGACCAUUCGCCAAUUAUGCUGUAGUGCCUCCUUCGAAAGAAAUUGGUCCGAAACCGAGACCAGAUGGAUGGUUAGAGAUUAAGAUCGGAGAGUAUCUUAAUGAACAAGGGGAUGAAACAGAGCUUGAGAUGAGUGUAAUGGAGGUAAAGGGAGGCAAUUGGAAGUCAGGGCUUAUUAUUCAAGGGAUCGAAAUUAGGCCUAAGGAUUUUAUGCAAGAUAGAAAAAAGCCAACCACAGAAGAAUGAAAAGAAACAUAUUAACUAUGUCAUGUGCUUAAUUGUUAUAAGCCAAGUCAUUAAGCUAUUAUAUUUUGAAGGUUAUUUCAUUUUGUUGUUUUCAAGAUCAUAUUUUAGGUGGCAUUUGUU